AUGGAUCCCAAAGUUAACUGGAGAGCCGUGAUGGCUUCAUUCUUACUUCUCUCACCUACUCCAUCCUAUACUCUCCCAUGCGACAGUGAUCCCAACCAACAAACCGGCAUGCUCUAUGCUGGAGGCUGUCCUCUUCCUGGUGUAUGUACAUGGGGAAGCUGUACAAGCGUCACGAUCGGACUUGACCCUACACAAUGCGGGAAGCGUGGCAACUCAUGCAAAGCUGGGGAGCUCUGCGUUGCUGGCGGAUGCUAUCCUCUUGAUGGAUCAAAUACGAACAGUUGUACCUCCCCAUCAGGCUCCAAUAGUUCUGGGCCAUGUCGGCCGGGCCAAUGGUGUGAUGAUGGAAAUUGUUCACCAAUACAGGUGACGGCAAACUCCCGUCGCUGUGGUAGUACCAACACGCAAUGUGGGCCUGGUUCGCUUUGUGUCAACGACCGAUGCCAAAGGCUGGCCAUUGGCUCAGACCCCAAUUCUUGCGGUACUUCAAAUACGACCUGUGCCUCAGGUAACUGGUGCCUUGACGGAUCAUGUGUGCCCUUUCAACUUGGUACCAACGUCCAGUCCUGUAAGAGCAGCAGCGAAUGCUCCCUUGGCGCAUCAUGCCAGGGCGGUUACUGUCGCCAGGCUUUCAUCUCGACCGACACUUAUAACUGCGGCCUGGGAGCCAACUCAAAGAACUGUACUGACAGUCAACUCUGUGUCUCUGGACAAUGCCUUUCGCUCAACACCACUUCCGGAACUUCUACCAAUUGUGGCUCUAACGGGAAGUGUCAACCAGGAUCUUACUGCUCGGUCAACGAGUGUGUACCCAUCAAGAUCUCAACCGACUUGUCGCAGUGCGGAAGCAGCUCGAGACCUUGUGGAAGCAACCAAGUGUGCGUCUCCGGCCAGUGUGUCAGCAACCUAAUCCACCAAUCCAACGUUCCUAGGGUCGCAUGUGGUGCUGGGUCUGGAGGUCCUGGAGCACGUAUUCCAGGCGUAGAUGAGGAUGAAGACACACAGUCGGACAAUGGUGGUAGUUACUCUGAAGCAAGCGGCAGCUCUGGCGACAGUGAUUCGAAUGGCAAUGGCUCAGGAGAUGGGGCCGAUGGCCAACAAGGAGCAUCUUCUGAUGGGAAUGGAUCAUCAGGCCAAGAAAAUAAUGCAUCUGGCAAUGGAGAUGCACAGUCGUCAGAUGGUUCAGACGGUGGAGACGCCUCUAGCGAUGGCGCCUCAUCGGGAGGAAAUGGUGGAACCUCAGCUCGGCCAGAGGGAACCUCGAGUGAUGCUGGACGAGAGGGAGGUGACUCAGCUUCUGGAGGUGAAGACGACACAGGCGAUUCUUCCGGAAGUGCUUCUCCGUCUGGCUCAGGAAAUGGAGAUGAACAAGCAGACCAAGAUGGAUCCAAUCAAAAUAGCACUGACGGAGCAUCGCCGGACCAGAAUGGAGGAGAUACCGGCUCCGGGUCACCAGACUCAACUUGUGACCCAGCUUGCACUGGCAACACCGUCUGCAUCAACAACCAAUGCGCUUCGGUUCAGGACCCGUCAUCUUGUGGCACCACCCCCAGCCGCCUCCUACAUCUUCUGCGGAGACAAGCGACAUCAACCUGUCAGCCAGGGUUUGCCUGCAUCAAUAACGGUUGUGUACCUGCGGAUGGACCUGUCAACUGCGGCGCAUCAGGCGUCAAUUGUCCAAUCAAUUACGCUUGUAUACAAGAUUCCUGUGUGGCUCUCGGUGACCCAACGUCUUGCGGCGGUGAGACUUGCAGCAGCGAUGAAGUCUGUAUUGGCAACAUCUGCACACAAAGUCCUGGUCUAGCUAGCUGCAAUGGAGUCGCUUGCCCGACUGGUGAGACUUGCCAAGAUGGAGCUUGCGUUCCCAUCGAUAGCACUGGCUCUGGUUCAAACGGAGGUGCAGGAACCCAAGGGAGCGGUUCAAAUAAUGGAAGCGAUGAUGGAUCUUCCUCUUCAAGUGGUGGCAACGGGAACGGUGACAGCACAGGCGGGGAAGGACAGAGCAGCGGAGGUUCCUCUGAUGGGGACUCUUCUGGCGACGGCUCCUCUGACGGUGGGUCACAGACUGGCAGUACACAAGGACAAGGCUCUGGAGGUGAUGAUCCAGGAGAUUUUGGCUCAGGAUCUGGCUCUGGCAGCGGCUCUGACUCUGGAAAUGGCUCCGGGUCCGGGUCAGGCUCCAGUAGUGGCUCUUCUGGCGGCUCAAAUGACAGUGGGAGCUCAGAAUCUGGAACGAGUCCAGGAAACGGAAAUGGCUCGGGCAACGGAUCCAAUUCGGGAUCAGAUUCACCCUCAGACAGUGGUUCAGGAUCUGGAUCUCAGGGGGGUAAUGGAUCAGGAUCGAACGGUGGAGAUGGCGACAGUAGUGGCCCCGGAUCAGAACCCAGCUCUGGCUCAUCAUCGAACAAUGGUUCAAAUGGCAGUGGCACAGAUUCGACAGCAACACGUCAACCAGCACUUACGGCCAGACCACAGGGCAACGUUCCUGGUGGUAGUGAUCCUGAUACCGACAAUACCUCUGGUGUUGCUAAUACAGGAUCAAAUGGCAGACAGACUUCUAGUACACAAGCCGGGAUCCGUCCAAGCCAAACUGGAAGCCAAGGAAAUGGCUCUGGAAGUGACGGAUCUGGAGGCGACAAUGGGUCCACCAAUCGGUCGCAAUCAGCCUCCUCCCCGAAUCAGACUGGGGAUACAGAGGGAGGUGGUACAGGCGGCGGCGGCGACGCUGCUUCGAGCGAACCCGUGUCUAAUGGUGGCUUAGAAGCAACAUCAGGAGCUUCUGUAUCUGGAGACUCUUCGACUUCAGGAGUAAUUGGAUCGGGAGCUACAGGCUCAACGGGCCUGACGUCGCCAACUUCUGUCCUAUCUGAUGGAGCGCCAAUCGUCAACCCCGGCCCAGAGUCAACGGAAUCGUCUGUAAGAUUGGUGACAUCGACUUCCAGGCAGGUUGGAAGCCCUGAAGGAAACCCCACGGGGGGUGGAGAUGGCGACCCAUCACCAACAGAUAGCAGUGGUGGUGGUAACAACACAGGGACUCAAGGGCCACAAGGAUCAGGUAGCCUGUCGACGAACAACGGGGGCCCAUCAGCUACAGGCGGUAAUGGAGGCACUACUGGGACCGCAACUCAGGGCCCAGGCACCUCAAAUACUGUUGACGGUCAGUCUAGCUCUCGAAGUUCAGCUGGAUCCGGUACAGGGGAUGGACAACCUUCAAACACUGGCGGUAGCUCCAACGCUGGGGCUCAGACAAGUGCAAGUGGCACCCAACCUUCAGCGACUAAUUCACAGGGAACCGAACCAAGCCAAGGGGAUGGAACUACUAGCUCUUCCAACGGUCAGCCAACUGGUGGACAAUCUACAUCUGUCACGACCACAGGACAGGGCUCGUCGCCCACUGAUGGAUCUCCCUGCUCGGAUGACAGUGACUGUGCCGUCGACACUGAGCUAUGCAUUUCCGGAGGACUCAACAUCUGUACUUGUGUGAAUGCAGUAUGUGUUCCGAGCACCGAACCGGGUGAUACCUCCACUACAGGAGUUGCAAGUUCGACUGCGGCUUCUGGAACCCAGGGCACUAACCCUUCAACACCGACAGAGAGUGGCGGAAGUACACAGUGUACUGAUGACGAUGACUGCUUAGCUGACGUCUCGUUGUGCUUGAGCGGCUUCCUCAAUGUUUGUACUUGCGUCAACGCAGUCUGUGUUAGAGACACGACGACGGGUGGUGGUUCGCAAGUCUCAAGCACGGCUUCUGGUAAUAAUCCAGGGUCUGGCGGCGGCGCAUCAGGACCUACAACAACUGAUGAUUCGGCUAGACAGACAGGAUCGGCAUGUUCUACCAGCGACGACUGCGUGGCCGACGUAGCAUUAUGCCUGGUCGGUGGGCUCAACUUGUGUGUCUGUGUAGAUGCUGUAUGUCAACUCGGCCCAGACUCGAAUAAUGGUGGAGGAGGCGAUGAUGACCCAAGUCCCACAACCGGAGCACCAGCAGCACAAACAUCAGUACCAUGCGCAAAUGCUGAAGAUUGUACAGCUGCUCUCGGGUUGUCUGUCUUGGGAAUCUACGUCUGUGUGGACCUCAUUUGCCAGCUUCAGCCAACAGCUAAUCCUACGGAUGGAGCUACUACAGCCUCCCAAACAGGUUCAAUCCCCACUAUCACUGAGCCUAUCGAUUGCUCCACAGAUCAAGACUGCGUGGCGGCGUUGGGAGCCAGCGCGUUAGGAAUUUUCGCGUGCAUAGACCUCUUAUGUGAGCAGACGGCGACAGCUUCUGCAGCUGGUGCCUCAGCGACUCAGCCUGCCGCUUCUGUGCAAGGAACUGACGUGGAGUGCUCGACGGACCAAGACUGUGUGGCUGCCAUUGGAGCUGGGGCUCUUGGUAUCUUUGCAUGUGUCAAUCUUCUUUGCCAGCGGACAGCAACAGCUAGCGUUGCGACGAGAGCAACUAACACUGGGGCCUCUGCUUCGGGGUCUACAACAGAUGUUGAGUGUGAUACAGAUCAAGACUGUGUCGCCGCUCUCGGUGCCCAGGUGCUGGGAUUAUUUAUCUGUGUCAACGCUCUCUGCCAAGAGACUACCUCAGCUACAGACGCUGGAGCUUCGACAACUCAGCCGCCUUCUACGGUCGCCAGCGAUAUCGAGUGCUCGACAAACCAAGAUUGUGUCGCAGCAAUUGGCGCGAAUGCUUUGGGGAUCUUUGCUUGUAUAGAUCUGAUAUGUCAACAGACUGCAAACCCGAGCAGCGGCUUUGUCACUGUCACAUCGGACAGUACACCAGCCCCAACCAGCUCGGAAACACCGUGCUCUGACGACAGCGACUGUACGGCCGCAGGCCAGACAUGCGCCGCAGACGGUUUCUGCAGGACAUCGUCCCCUGGUACUGGCAACGGAGGCGCCUCAUCUUGUUCCGAUACUGUCGACUGCCUCCUAUCUCUGCAACCUCUUUGCGCCCUUGGCCUUUGCGUUUGCGUGAAUGCGGUUUGCAGUCCUCCGUCGGAUGUCGACGCAUGUACGACAAACGCACAGUGUAGCGCUGGACAAACUUGCCAGCAAGAAGUCUGCGUUGACGAUGUCACUUGCUCCACAGAAGAUGACUGCGUAGCAAACCUCAACUUGUGUACGUCCUUGGGAAUCUGUGCCUGUGUCAAUGGGCUGUGCACUCUAUAA